AAGAAUAGCACGUGAUCUGUUCCUAAUAACCUCGUGCAAUAAUGAAGGUCCUUGUCUUGGUGUUUUCCCUUUUUUAUGUAGGACUGGCAGAUGACGAGAUCAACUCUCGAUACUUCCCCAAGAAUUUUAAAUUCGGCGUCGCCAAUGCUGCCCCUCAGAUCGAGGGAGGCUGGAAUGAAGACGGCAAAACGGAAAGCAUCUGGGACCACUUCGUCCACACCCAUCCAGAGAAAAUCGUCGACCGCUCCACUCUCGAUAUCGCUUGCGAUUCCUACCACAAAUACAAAGAAGACGUGGCCAUGGUGAAAGCCAUGGGACUGGACUACUAUCGCCUGUCCAUCGCCUGGGCCAGAAUCUUGCCCACGGGAUACCCCGACAAGGUAAACCAGGCCGGCGUGCGGUACUACAAGAACUUGUUCGCCGAACUGAAAGCUGUCAACGUGGAGCCCAUGGUGACGCUCUACCACUGGGAUCUUCCCCAAACCUUGGAGGAUCAGCUCGGAGGUUGGUUGAACGAGACUGUGGCGGACCUCUUCGCGGAAUACGCGAGGUUGUGCUUCGAACUGUUUAAAGACGACGUGAAGAUGUGGAUCACCAUCAACGAACCGAAACAGGUCUGUCAGGCGGGAUACGGUACUGGAUAUCUCGCUCCUGGUGUCGUUUCCAAUGGGGUUGGAGAGUAUAUUUGCGCUAGGAACGUAAUUUUGGCUCACGCCAAGGCUUACCACAUCUACGACGACGAAUUUAGGGCCACCAAUCAAGGAAGGAUCGCUAUGGUCAUCGAUACGUCAUGGUCCGAACCCGGAAGUGACAGCGAAGAAGACCAGGAAGCAGCAGAGAGAAUGCUCCAGUUUACUGUAAGACAUUUACUUUAUUGCAGAGAACGAGAACAGAGCUAUUUUUUAGGUUGUUCAAGGAAGUAA